GCAGCCUUCAUUGCAGAUCCGAGGAUGCUCCUCGCCGCCUGUUGCCUGCGCUGAGGCCCCAGGAAUCCCAGAGGAGUGGCAUGGCCAACGUGGGCAUGAGUCCUCCGAGGCCGCGGGCGUCGCUCUCGCCGCUGCCGCUGCUGCUGCUGCUGGGAGGCUGCCUCCUCUCGGCCGCCGGGAGGAACAAGGGGGCUGCUGGCAGGGAAGUGUCCCGGGCCUCAGGCUCCACGGACGGCUCCUCAGGUCGCUUCGUGAGCCCAGAGCAGCACGUGUGCCGCUGGCAGCUCCUGGUGCCCGCCCCGGGGACCCCGGCGGGCGGAGAGCUGGCCCUGCGCUGCCAGACCCCGGGCGGGGCGAGCCUGCAUUGCGCCUACCGCGGGCAUCCGGAGCGCUGCGCGGCCACCGGCGCCCGGCGCGCGCACUACUGGAGACGGCUGCUGGGCGCGCUGCGCAGGAGACCGCGGCCCUGCCUGGACGCCGCGCCGCUGCCGCCACGCCUGUGCGCCCACAAGACGGCCGGCGCCGAGCUGCGCCCGCCGGCCCACCCCAGCUUACCCGCGCGUCCCAGCGAGCAGCCCCGGCCCAGGGCGCGGAGCGGGGCUCGGUCGCGACAGUCGGUGCGGUCGCCGAGCUCCCAGCCCGAAAAGAAGCCCUUGCUGGUGAAGUCCAACUCGGGCGGGAGGAAACCGGGCUCAGGCCGGGUCGCUGAGCCUCCGGCCGCGGCCGGACUCCAGCCCAACGGACUGGACCAGAAUGCCGAGCUCACUGAGACCUACUGCGCCGAGAAGUGGCACUCCCUUUGCAACUUCUUUGUCAAUUUCUGGAAUGGCUGAGGUUGCGGGCUGGCAGGGACACUAGGGGCAGGUGCUGCGGAGCAGAGGGCAGCGCAGCCCAGGCGGGAGGCUCGGGGCGUCUUAGACGGGGAGCGGGGAUGGACAGUAGGCUAGUGGGUUAGUCGGGAUUCCAAAAUGGGGCCGGAGGCGGGGUGAGAAGAAUCUGAAGCAGCAGGAGAGCUUUUUUGAAGCAUCUCAAUUCUGAUUUAAGAGCUGAAGAGCAGAAAACGCAUAGAUUUAUAUUAAGUAAGCGGAAAUUGUAGAUUAGGGCGAGAAGCUUAGAAUAGCGAGAAUGAGAAUGAAGUUACUAAAGAGAUGCAAAUCUUUCCUAGGAAGAUACAAUGUAUAUCAACACCUUUUCAUUAAAUGUAAGAACCUGAGCCAUGCUGAAUUAUUCAAAAUCUUGGGUUUUCAGCUUGAGAAAAUAAAUACU